AUGAGCCGCCAGCUCCAGGACCUGGGGGACAAAGCAGGCAGUGGAGCGAGAGGGCGGACGAGGAGCAGCUCUGCGGGCAGAGGUGACAGGUCCAGAAGGGGAUCCUCCAGGAAGCGGACGUCCAACGCCCAGGAUGCCUCAGCCUGGCAAGGAGCACAGCGGGGCCUGAAGGAGCAAGCAGGGGGCAGCCCAAGGCCAGGGUCCCCCCGGAGGAAGUCGACGGGACAUGGGCGCCUGCGAGAGGAGCAGAGAGCGGCUGAGAGGACCCCCCAGGGGAGGAGGAAGAGGGACGGGAGGGCCUCCAUGCGGAAGCAGAGAGCGCCCUCCAAGAAGGAAAAGGAGGUGCCAAGGCAUCAGGAGGAGAUGUGGAAGCAAUCGAGGAAGCACAGAUCAUCCUCCUUGGCUUCCGGCGCCUCUGCCGGCGACUCGCUCACUGAAGAGGAACUGGCCCAGAUUCUGGAGCAGGUGGAAGACAAGAAGAAGCUCAUCGCCACCAUGAGGAACAAGCCCUGGCCCAUGGCAAGGAAGCUUAGGGAGCUCCGGGAGGCCCAAGAAUUUGUGGAAAAGUAUGAAGGAGCCUUGGGAAGGGGAAAAGGCAAACGACUCUACGCAUACAAGAUGCUGAUGGCUAAGAAAUGGAUCAAGUUUAAGAGAGAUUUUGAUAAUUUCAAGACUCAAUGUAUUCCUUGGGAAAUGAAGAUUAAGGAUAUUGAGAGUCACUUCGGUUCUUCAGUUGCAUCAUAUUUCAUCUUCCUCCGAUGGAUGUAUGGAGUUAACCUCGUUCUUUUUGGUUUAAUAUUUGGUCUAGUAAUAAUCCCAGAGGUGCUGAUGGGCGUGCCCUACGGGAGCAUCCCUCGGAAGACAGUGCCCCGGGCUGAGGAAGAGAAGGCCAUGGACUUUUCUGUCCUUUGGGAUUUUGAGGGCUACAUCAAGUAUUCUGCUCUCUUCUACGGCUACUACAACAACCAGAGGACCAUCGGGUGGCUGAGGUACAGGCUGCCCAUGGCUUACUUCAUGGUGGGGGUCAGCGUGUUUGGCUACAGCCUGACGAUCGUCAUUCGCUCGAUGGCCAGCAACACCCAGGGCACCACGAGUGAGGGAGAGAAUGACAAUUUUACCUUCAGCUUCAAGAUGUUCACCAGCUGGGACUACCUGAUCGGGAAUUCCGAGACGGCGGAUAACAAAUAUGCCUCCAUCACCACCAGCUUCAAGGAAUCAAUAGUGGAUGAGCAGGAGAGCAACAAAGAAGAAAAUGUCCACCUGACACGGUUCCUCCGUGUCCUGGCCAACUUCCUCAUCAUCUGCUGUUUGUGCGGAAGUGGGUACCUCAUUUACUUCGUGGUGAAGCGAUCCCAGGAGUUCUCCAAAAUGCAGAAUGUCAGCUGGUAUGAAAGGAAUGAGGUAGAAAUUGUGAUGUCCUUGCUCGGGAUGUUUUGUCCCCCUCUCUUUGAAACCAUCGCUAUCCUGGAGAAUUACCACCCACGAGUCGGACUGAAGUGGCAGCUGGGUCGAAUCUUUGCUCUCUUCCUGGGAAACCUCUACACCUUUCUCUUGGCCCUCAUGGAUGAUGUUCACCUCAAGCUUUCUCAAGAAGAGACGAUAAGGAACAUCACCCACUGGACUCUGUUUAACUACUACAACUCCUCGGGUUGGAAUGAGAGCAUCCCCCGGCCACCCCUGCACCCUGCGGAUGUGCCCCGGGGCUCCUGCUGGGAGACAGCUGUGGGCAUUGAAUUCAUGCGGCUGACGGUGUCGGACAUGCUGGUCACCUACAUCACCAUUCUGCUGGGGGAUUUCCUGCGUGCGUGCUUCGUGCGGUUCAUGAACUACUGCUGGUGCUGGGACCUAGAGGCUGGCUUUCCCUCAUAUGCUGAGUUUGAUAUUAGUGGAAAUGUGCUCGGGUUGAUCUUCAACCAAGGAAUGAUCUGGAUGGGCUCCUUCUACGCGCCGGGCCUGGUGGCGGUCAACGUGCUGCGCCUGCUGACCUCCAUGUACUUCCAGUGCUGGGCGGUGAUGAGCAGCAACGUGCCCCACGAGCGCGUGUUCAAAGCCUCGCGGUCCAACAACUUCUACAUGGGCCUCCUGCUGCUGGUGCUCUUCCUCAGCCUGCUGCCCGUGGCCUACACCAUCAUGUCCCUCCCGCCCUCCUUCGACUGCGGGCCCUUCAGUGGGAAAAACAGAAUGUAUGAAGUCAUCCAAGAGACCAUCGAAAACGACUUCCCCACCUUCCUGGGCAAGAUCUUUGCUUUCCUCGCCAACCCGGGCCUCAUCAUCCCAGCCAUUUUGCUGAUGUUUCUGGCCAUCUACUACCUGAACUCCGUGUCCAAAAGCCUCUCUCGAGCUAAUGCCCUGCUGAGGAAGAAAAUCCAAGCGCUCCGAGAAGUUGAGAAGAGCCACAAAUCAGUCAAAGGCAGAGCCCCAGGCAGAGAUUCCCAGGAUGUUUCUAAAGGUGGUUCUGAAAACGCCACCAAGGAAGGAACCACUUCUGACUCCACUAGCCAAAGCCAGCACCCGGCCCCCGCCAAGGCUCAGACACCCUCCAGCUCUUGA